AUGCAAUUGUGUCUGUGUCAAAAAGUGAAAGUUACAAUGUUUUCACAAAACCAGUUUCUCUCAGUACUUCUCAUAAUAUUAGCCUCAUUUCCCUUCUCUUUUAGUAGUGACCUAGGGAACCCACUAGUUGUACUUGAUCUUCAUCGUCACCAUCGAACAAGAAGGCUUCAAUCAACUUCAGCAGAGAAUGUUACUGUAAAUGUGGAUCAUUUUGGAGCAAAAGGAGAUGGAGGGGAUGAUACCCAGGCAUUUAUGAACGCCUGGGAGAAGGCUUGUUCUUCUAAAAGAGGUGUUGAGCUUGUGGUUCCUAAGAAUAGGGUCUAUCAUCUGAAGCCAAUGAAUUUCUCCGGCCCUUGCCAAUCUGAUGUCACGCUCAAGAUCUAUGGAACCAUCAAAGCCUCUACCAAACGAUCAGAUUAUACGGACUUACGGCAUUGGAUUUUGUUUACAAAUUUGACUAACUUCAGAGUUGAAGGUGGUGGCACCAUCAAUGGCAAUGGAAGGAAAUGGUGGCUAAACUCAUGCAAAGUUAACGAAUCCCUUCCUUGCACGCUCGCACCAAAUGCCGUGACUUUCUUCGGGUGCAACACUUUGGAAGUAGACAAUGUGAGGUUCCGAAAUGCCCAGAGAAUGCAUCUAUCUUUUCAGUCGUGUGUGAAUGUAAAAGCUUCGAAUCUUAUAGUGACCGCACCAGGCGAUAGCCCAAACACAGAUGGAAUCCAUGUCACAGCAACACAAAAUAUUCGGAUAAGCAAUGUCCUCAUUAGAACAGGUGAUGACUGUAUUUCGAUAGUAAGUGGGUCAAAAAAUGUUCGAGCUGAUGAUAUAACCUGCGGACCAGGUCAUGGAAUUAGCAUUGGAAGCUUAGGAGCUGGAAAUUCACAAGCAGAGGUUUCAGAUGUGGUGGUUUCUAAAGCCAAAAUUAUUGGCACCACUAACGGAUUAAGAAUAAAGACUUGGCAGGGCGGGUCUGGGUAUGCAACAAACAUCAGAUUCAAAAAUGUUAUGAUGGCCAAUGUGAGCAAUCCAAUUAUCAUCGACCAAUACUAUUGCGAUCAGGAUUCACCAUGCCAAGAACAGGCUUCAGCUGUGAAAAUAAGCAAUGUGGUAUAUGAGAAUGUGAAAGGCACAAGUGCUUCAAAAGUGGCAGUGAAAUUUGACUGCAGCAAGAGUUUCGGAUGUCAAGACAUUUUGUUAAAAGACGUAAACCUAAGAUCUUUAGCCAAUGAAAUUGCCCAAGCUUCGUGUGAGCAUGUCGAUUUAAGCCAUAGAGGAACGGUUUCUCCAAAAUGCUCUUCGUUAAUUUAAUGAGUAAAUUAUAAAAUUGGUUCAUGAACUUUCACCAUAUAUAGUUUAGACUUCGUCUUUAAGAAUGUGAAAAAUUGGUCCUUCCAUCCGAAAUAUGGUGAAAAUUCAGGGAUUAAUUUUAUAAUUUACACUUAGUUUAAUUGAUGUUGUGGGG